AUGUGCACACAUUUAUUCCAAAAAAAUAUCUGUUUAGACCUUGGUGUUGAAGACUUGGCCCAAGGCACAGUACACCCAACAAGUGCACUACUGGAUUCAGGUGCUAAUGGUAUCUUUAUAGAUCAGCUCUGGGAGGAGCUGAAUGGACUCCCCUUUGUAAAAUUAGAUAUGUCUAUUCCCGUCUAUAAUGUUGAUGGUACACUUAAUGCGGGUGGCUGCAUUAUGCACAAAUGUUCUUUUGUCAUUAAGUACCAAGGACACAGGGAAUGA